CACGCCAUUAUAUUUUAUAUUUCAGGAGAUACAGUUACCUAUUCUCUAUCCGGCGCCAAAAGUUCCGACUUCACCAUUCACGCGUCUAGCGGCGUGGUCACCCUUAAAAACGCGCUCAACUACGAGUCACGCUCUUCCUACUCGCUUACUGUCACGGCAUCCGAUGGUAACGGUCACGGUAACGGCAGCGUGGCGUCAACAUCAUUGACAGUUACGGUGACCAAUCAGAAUGACGCGCCAGUCUCCCUUAGUAGCUCGUACUCGGCUACUAUCGCAGAGAACGAACCCAGCGGGACAAAUGUGUUGAAAACCGGAGCCUCCGAUGAAGAUGGACAUGGUAUCUUGUUCUCCUUGUCGGGCAGCUCCGAUUUCACAAUUCUUAACUCGGGUGUGAUUCGGAUCAAGUCAGGAGUUACUCUCGAUUUCGAAACACAAGACAGUUACAAUUUAACGGUGACUUUCUCCGAUGGUGCAGCGAGCGACUCGAAGUUCGUCUCCAUUAGUGUUCUGGAUGAAAACGACGCGCCAACGCUGCCGAGCUCUCCCUACUCGACGAGCGUCUCCGAAAAUGUAUCGGUUGGCACGAGUGUUUACGAUGUGGACGCGAGUGAUCAGGACGGCGAUUCGCUGACGUAUUCGUUGUCGGGAUCGGGUGUGACGCAUUUCACGAUAGACUCUGGUACAGGAAUUGUGACAACCACUCAGAAAUUGAACUAUGAAGAUACGACUUCAUACUCCUUGACUGGUGAGCUGAUCAUCACUAAGGCAAAUUAGAAGUUAUGCAAUAAAGAAUUGUCGGAACAAAGAAAGCUAUCUCUAUAUAAAACUACUUAGCCCCGGUAUCAGUUUACUUAUUUGUCGUGCCUAACUUAUCUUAAUACUCGCUCGCUCGACUCCUAAGAAUUCAGUUUACUUCAUAACCACUGAAAUG